UUUUCAAGGGAAUUUAUGCAGAAAAGUGCCCGGAGGCACAGGGCACCCCCCACCGCCCAGGCUGUGCUGUGCUCCCCUCGUAUCCUCGGCCCAUGCUGUGGGGACGCGGGUGGGGGCACGGCACGGGGCUGGCGGCAGUGGGGCGGGAAGGCCCCUCCCGUCACGUCCUGUCCCGUCCCACUGCCCCGGGGCGGGCCGCCCGCGACACAUAUAGGGACGGUUCGGGGCCUGGGCUGCACUCAUUGCGGUGUGAGCGGUCGCGCCCUCGCUUUUACUCCGAGAGAAGCGUCCUCCUCGCUGCCAUGGCCUCGGUACCUUCUGCAGGCUGCCUCCUGGCCAGGAACCAGUACUACCGCACAAGGCAGAACUCGGAAUCCAGCGUUUCUUCCAGCUCCUACUGCUGUUCCGAUCCUGUGAGCGUUGCAGAGCAGGACAAAGCAUUUCAUGGGUUACCUGAAUUACUCGAUAAAUGCUGGUGGAUAAAAAGCUUUUUCCAUUGUGAACCAUCUCCACCAACUGUUGGCAGAAAAGCACUAUCAGCAAGCAGUACCAACAGUUGAAUAUGAAAACAAGCUGGAUUACUGUCUGAGAUACUGCACACGGACUUGUUUUUCCAAGAGGCUUGGGAUCUUCUAAGCAUCUGGGUUCAGCUGCAAGAAGAAAACGAAACGUAUAGGAGGGAGGAAAGGCAUACUUUCAAAAGAUGUCAGUAGCUUAAAAAGUAUAAUGGACAUGUCCUUGGCUUACCUUCUUCAUUAUGGAGUUGCUAUAAUUUUAGAUGACUCUAAUGAAAGUUACCUGAUGACUUAUUUGGAUACUUAAGGAAAAAAAAAAUGACAGUAAGAUAGUGUAGGUUUAAAAGUAUGUGCAUGGAAUGACUUUGCAAUAGGUGAUACUUAUCUGAAGUUUUACCUUUUAAAAUAUCAGCUCUGUAGACAUUCACUGCUGUAAACAUGUCACAAACAGAUCAGUCCUCCUGACUGUAUUGUACAUAUUUUCCGACAGCUGUUCUGGAUCAGUGAUAGACAUCAGAGUUAGCAAGAAUGCUUGCUAAUAGAUUUGCUUUUAGAAAGCCCAACUACACAGAGAAACAACGUUUGCUGUGUUCCACCUGGCUGUGUAGACCCCAACCACAAAUACAUAGAUACACUUUUCAUUCACAACUAUGCACAUUCAUAUUUGAGGACGGAAUAGCAGGAAGAUGGGUAAUCCUAAUGGACACUGACAUCUUCCAAGCAGAAGUGUAAUCUUAAUCAGGGUUGAAACUCAGCUGUGUUUUACUUUCAAAUUACUCUCACCUUCUUUGCUGCAUUUUAAAGACCUACUUGUUCUCAAGUGAGUAAUCCUAUCAGCAUUCACUGCUGUCCAUCAGCUUAGUUUGUAAGGUCUAAGAGCUGGCAAAGUGUUCAACUCAAAGCGAUCACAUUAAUGUUAAUAACAAAGUCUGUCUUUGUCAGAAUACAUGCUAUUGAAAGAUACUGUAGUAUGUUUUCAUUUGCAACUCAGCAUUGCAAAGCAGUAGAUGAUUGUUUGUACUACUGGCCAAGAUGCAUCAAAGGUCAUAGAAAAUAACAUAUUUGGCAGGAUGACAUCACUUCUGUGUAUUUAUCUGUGCAGUUUUUUUGAUGUGACAUCACUACAUCUAGCUGGCCUUAAUCCAUCACUGGAUGAAGCAACAAUAGCAAACAUUAUCAGUGUGAAUGUAAAUUUUUUAAAUUACAGAUUAGUGGUUGUCAGGGUAAUGCUUAGAACUCUAAAGUAUAUCAAAUGACUGCUUCAGUUUUGGUGUAGGUAACAAAUGUUUGCCGCAUAACAACAGAGAAGAACACGAUGAAAACAUGGUUUCAGAAAUCCUCAAAUUGCCUUGUUUUACCUUUUUCCUGUAUCACCAUUGUACAGUUUCAUCACUGUCCUUUCUCUAAGUGUACAGAAUGAACUAUUUUUGUAUGUGAUUUUUUUUUUGUAUUAAUAAAGAUUUAACUGGUAUUUAA